AUGGCCGUGACACCGCCCUUCGCUUUGGAACAUCAGCUAACGCGGGAGCUAGACGAGCCGGCCCGGUACGUGCCGGGACACCCCCACAUUCCUCUAGAGAACCGAAGCAAGGUAUGGGACUUGCUGGCCAGAGAAUUCUGCUCGGACGAUCUGGACCGGAUCGCCAACAGGCUCUGGUGGAUGUCAAAACAGGACAGCGGAAACAUAUCGCCUCUCUACCGGCAGUUGGUGAAACGGGGCAUGAUCGUCGUCACGGAGGACCCGAAGCUCCACCUGGUGUGGAUCCACGAUCGCAUCUUCAUCAAGCCGCUCCCGUGGUACAUCACGUCGUACGCAUUCUGGAGGGACUAUCUCUGCACAGAGGCCGGCAGCGGAGGACUUGAACGUAUUCGACGAGCGGCGCUGGGCUACCUGCGGACGUACUACCAUCUCGUGAAGCACCAGUCCGACUUGCGCAUCGCCCAGGACCCCAGCCUGUGUCUCGUCCCGCCGGACAUCACCUGGGAGCAGUUCUGCGACUUCACAUCGAGCCUGGGGGACAUCGCAAACCGAGACGUCUCCCUGCGCUAUGCCUACGGCGAGAUCCGCCUGACGUGGCUCAACCCGUACGCUCCGCUCCUCCUCGGCAAGUUGCACUUCCAGAGGGUCGAGCACCAGUACGGAAUGUACUUUGCACGCUUCUACGGGCCGAUCCUGUUCGUGAUCGGGAUCGCGUCGGUAGUCCUGAGCGGACUGCAGGUCGUGGUGUCGGUCGGGGAAGACGGCGGGGGCGGUUGGACGGGGGCGGCGCUCUGGGUCGGCGUCACGGCGAUCGGGAUGUCCUGCAUCCUGCUCUUUACUCUGGGCCUCCUCCUGGUGUACAAGGUGGCGAAGGAGUGGAAGUUUGCGAUCCGCGACCGCCUCCGGUUGUUGGAGGAGAAGCGGGUGGCGGAAUGA